AUGGCCAAGUCGAAAUUCUUUAGCAAGAUUGUAACGAACGCCAGCAGGACAUCUUCCAUGCUUUGGCUUGGGGGAGAGGUCGUAUGUGACAUAUGCAUUGCAGUCUGCAUGUUCCAUCUACUACGUCGCGCUAAGGUUGAAAAGACGGGCAGCACACGGAAUCAUGCUCAACGUAUCAUUAAAUUGACCGUUGAAACCGGCGGAAUGACGGCUACCGUUGCUCUUCUCGAUGUACUGUUGAUCCUCAUUCAUCGGGGUGCCAAGUAUGAUUACCAGCCAACUACAGCUGCUGUCUCCAAACUAUAUUCGAAUACCCUUUUGCUUUCGCUGAACAGCCGAGUCAACCCAUCGCCUCAACCUCUGUUGCUAGGUCCACGUAGCUACUCAACUCCAGUCAGCUUCUGUGAAACAAGCUGCCACCACACAACGACGGACAACCUCUUUGGAAGUCGUUCCGCUAACACCAACUCAACGCUUCAAAGCCGGAGGUAG